AUGGGGGUGAACGCCGUGCACUGGUUCCGCAAGGGGCUGCGGCUCCACGACAACCCGGCGCUGCGGGAGUGCAUCCAGGGCGCCGAUACGGUCCGCUGUGUCUACAUCCUGGACCCCUGGUUCGCCGGCUCCUCCAACGUGGGCAUCAACAGGUGGCGAUUCCUGCUUCAGUGUCUUGAGGAUCUUGAUGCCAAUCUACGGAAACUGAACUCACGUUUGUUUGUUAUUCGUGGACAGCCAGCAGAUGUUUUCCCCAGACUUUUCAAGGAAUGGAAUAUUGCGAAACUUUCUAUUGAAUAUGAUUCUGAGCCAUUUGGGAAGGAAAGAGAUGCAGCGAUCAAGAAGCUGGCUAGUGAAGCUGGAGUGGAGGUCAUUGUUCGAAUUUCCCAUACAUUAUAUGACUUAGACAAAAUAAUAGAAUUAAAUGGAGGACAGCCUCCUCUUACCUACAAGCGAUUCCAGACCUUAAUUAGUAGAAUGGAACCACUGGAGAUGCCAGUAGAGACUAUAACCCCAGAAGUAAUGGAAAAAUGUACUACUCCAGUUUCAGAUGACCAUGAUGAGAAAUACGGUGUCCCAUCACUUGAAGAGCUAGGUUUUGACACAGAUGGUCUGCCUUCUGCAGUAUGGCCAGGGGGAGAAACAGAGGCUCUCACACGAUUGGAAAGACAUUUGGAACGAAAGGCUUGGGUAGCAAACUUUGAAAGACCACGAAUGAAUGCAAAUUCCCUCCUGGCAAGCCCUACAGGGCUUAGCCCUUACCUCCGCUUUGGCUGUUUGUCCUGUCGUCUCUUUUAUUUCAAGUUAACGGAUCUGUACAAAAAGGUAAAAAAGAACAGCUCCCCUCCCCUCUCCCUCUAUGGCCAGCUGUUAUGGCGUGAAUUUUUCUACACAGCGGCAACUAACAAUCCACGGUUUGAUAAAAUGGAGGGGAAUCCUAUCUGUGUUCAAAUCCCAUGGGAUAAGAAUCCUGAGGCUUUGGCCAAAUGGGCAGAAGGCAGAACAGGUUUUCCUUGGAUUGAUGCGAUUAUGACACAGCUUCGUCAAGAAGGUUGGAUUCAUCAUUUAGCUCGGCAUGCCGUAGCGUGCUUUUUAACUCGAGGUGAUCUCUGGAUUAGCUGGGAAGAAGGAAUGAAGGUCUUUGAAGAGCUCUUACUUGAUGCAGAUUGGAGUGUGAAUGCUGGAAGCUGGAUGUGGCUAUCUUGUAGUUCCUUCUUUCAGCAGUUUUUUCACUGCUACUGUCCUGUGGGUUUUGGCAGAAGAACUGACCCAAAUGGGGAUUAUAUCAGACGCUAUUUGCCAGUACUUAGAGGUUUCCCUGCAAAAUACAUCUACGAUCCUUGGAAUGCCCCAGAAAGCAUCCAGAAGGCUGCAAAGUGUAUUAUAGGAGUCAAUUAUCCCAAACCAAUGGUAAAUCAUGCAGAAGCAAGCCGUCUGAAUAUUGAGAGAAUGAAACAAAUAUACCAGCAGCUUUCACGAUACAGAGGACUGGGUCUUCUUGCAACAGUGCCUUCUAAUCCAAAUGGAAAUGGAAAUGGUGGCCUCAUGGGCUAUUCACCAGGAGAAAGCAUUUCUGGUUGUAGCAGUGCAGGAGGAGCUCAGCUGGGAACUGGUGAUGGUCAUACAGUUGUUCAGCCAUGUGCUCUGGGGGACUCUCAUACAGCAGGAGCAAGUGGAAUUCAGCAGCAAGGUUACUGUCAAGCAAGUAGUAUCUUACAUUAUGCUCAUGGAGACAAUCAGCAAUCACACUUAUUGCAAGCAGGAAGAACGGCUGUUGGUACUGGCAUUAGUGCAGGGAAACGCCCAAAUCCAGAAGAAGAAACUCAGAGCGUUGGACCAAAAGUCCAGCGACAGAGCACAAAUUAAACUGGUAAGAUCCGAGACACCUUAAAGUUAUCCUGAUAAUGAGUAAAUUCCUGUACAGAUUUUGUCUAUAAUAAUAUUCAUAUCACUGCAAUGCAAAGAAUUCCAAAUUUUUGAUGUAAAUAUUUCAGUUCCAGGUACUGUACAAACAAACAGUAAAGAAUCCUGACUCUAGAGAGUUUACAAAGUAUGAGGUAGGAAGUAAUUAUAAAACUAGAACUAGGCCGGUGAUUAUGAGACACAGAUUGAGGUGUUAAUGAAAGGGAAAUGGAUAAGCUGUGGCUUCACAUUCAUUAGCAGAGCUACUUCCUGCUUCUGCAUCUCACCUUAAGUUCUGCCACCCCUACUGUUUGUGUGAAUGUAUGGUAACCUGAAAUCAGGAGACUAACACAACUAAAGGCUCAGGGACUGGAUUAGAGUUUCAGAUGUACAAACUGGACUAAGCAGAACAUGUUUUAGAGAGAGAGACUGCAGAAAACCUGCAGAAUGGUGAUGUAGCCACUGCAUGGAAAGAUGUAGGGGUGAGGAAGAUUUGAAGACUUGAGCAUUUGUCAUUGAUCUGUAACCUAAGCAGGAUGCUUAGAUUGCCAAAGUUUUUUGAGAGCAUCUGUGGUGAAAAGAAUUUGGGUUUGGAGAAGGAGACACUGCUAAAUAGAUCUAUGUGAAUAGGUGUGAAAAUGUGUAGAGAGAAGCAGUAGAUUGGAGGAGGGAAGGAGUUUGGUAGGUGUGAAAUCACCAACAUAGAGAAGAUAAGUGGAUUUUGUGUUUUGGAUAUGUUGCUUAUGGACAAAAUAGGGAAAAGAGAAUGCCAAGGGUGUUAAAAUUUUUCCCCCAUUGAGCUUGAUUUGAGAGGAAUAAGGAAGAUGAUCUGAAAGAUAAGUUAGAGUAAUUAGGAGGAAAGCCAAAGAAUGGAGGGCUAUCUGAAACAAGAGGGGACAAAAUUUCAAGACUAGGAGUGUGGCUGUGUAGAUUAAGGGUGAUUGAGAUAUCAUUCUGUCCCUGUGUUUUAUAAAGAAUAAAUUAAGAGCUGAUCAUUAUGGAGUUUGAGGAAUAAAUAAAAAUAGGUGAGAUAAUAGCACAUGGAGGGCUUUUGAUGGAAUUGGAAGGUAGGGAUUCCAUACAGCAAGUAUAGAAGCCACAUUCAGCAUCUGUAGAGCUAAAAAGAGAAAUUCUCUCACUUUGUUCGGAUUUGGUAGCAAGAUCUAUUUCUAUUUUUGCUUGUUAUGUGGUGUCAGCACUUUGACAAAGUUAUUGUGGUGAUUAUGAACAAUUGUGUUGUGUUGAUUUGAUUUAGUCAAGAGCCACAGCAUUGCUUCCAUGAUGCCUGUCACUUGAAGUGAGCUGAGACCUGCUAUUUUCUCACAUACUGGAAGCACUGUAAACUGUGCUUCUGUGUUCUCAAACUGAUUUCUGGUACUUGGAUGGGCUUGAGCAGAACCUAGUUCCAAAAGAGUCCAUGUUUCAGUAGCUGUCUUAUCAGUAGUAUGUGUAGAUUCAUUCAGCAUCCAUGUUUUGUAUUGCAGAAUUCCUUAGGUGCUCGUGUCUGUAGAAGAAGUGCCUGCAGAGCGAACGUCUGGUUCCUGUCUAAGCUCUUUUUCAAUUGAGAGACAGGUUGGAGGGGUUUCUAGUUUGGCAGAGAAGACUGACUUUGUUAGGGGUGUUCAAAGCAUGCUGUGAAAGCAUGGUAGUCAAAUACAAUUAUCAGCCAAGAACAUACCCAAAACCACUGCUGAUGAAAGGAUAUGUGCCUUCUGGAUAGCACUGAAGUACAGAGGAUGUUGGGUUUCUCUUUUCUUCCUUUCUUUUUUUUUUCCUUCUUCCCCUUUUAGCCUCUAAGGAGUAAGAAAUAAGAAUUGAGUAUUUGGGCCAAUGCAAAUGGGGAUAGGGCUUCCUGCGCUGAGAAGGGGGGAAAGAGUAUUGGUUCCUUAAAUUAUUUCUGCCUUCUUCAAAGGCUCAUGACAAACUGUUUAAGAGUAAUUUUUCUCUUUUUCCUUGCAGCAUUACUGGAAGAGACCAUACCACUCAAAGAGCACACAGGACAAAAUUCCUGCUACUCUGUGUCGGAACUAAAGUGUUGUGAGAGUACAUGUACUAAAAUGGCAUAGUUUUUCAUAAAUUAUUUUCAAUUGUUCUCAGUUGUUGUAAACAAGUCCAAUUUUUGGAAUGUGUUAUUUCUAACUGGCAUUUCUAUGGUUUUUAACUUUUUAAUGACUUUCACAAAGGACAAAUUGAGUUUUGUAUAUAAAGUAUUUGGUGAAGAAUUUGCUAACUUAAUGUAAAUAUAAGCAUUCAUGAUUAGCGAUAGACCCAUCAAUAUAUUUUUGAUAAUCUUUCAUGUAUAUGGUAGUAGGGAAAAGCUGUAGUGUUGUUCUGUAAAAUGGAUGGACAUAAAAGGUUUUGAAGUUUUUAAAUUGUUCUUAUUUUUAGAUUCCAGAGCUUGACCUCUGUAUGAUCAGCUUCAUAUUUUCGUAAUGUAAGUGCUUAGGACUGUGUUUAAUCAAAAUCAGGAGAGCUGUAACCUUUAUUAAUCACAUCUGUAUAUAAGUCAUAUGCCAACUUUUUGUCGAGUUGUAAAAUUUUCAUGUGUAUGUCCAGUCCUUGUAUUGCCCAGUUGCCUUGUUCAGUAAUGACAGACCUUGUUAAUAAAAGAAAAUUAUAUCUGUA